AUGAGGGGAGUUUUGUUCUUUUUUGCCCUACUUGUGGCAGGUCACUGCCAAACCCUCUUCAUCGGAGACCAGGUACUCAGGAUCACAGUGAAAUCACAGGAGCAACUUGGCCUUUUGCAGUCUCUGGAGGAAGAGCAGGAUUUAGAGCUCGACUUCUGGCUUCACCCCGUCUCCUCUGAUCUGCCUGUAGACAUCCGAGUGCCUUUUGCCAGCCUGCAAACUGUCAAAGUUUUCCUGGAAUCAAACGACAUCCCAUACUCUGUUAUGAUCAAAGACGUACAGGAAGUUUUGGAUAAGGAACAGAGUGACAUGGAGGCGAACACCAUGAGAGAACGCAGUUCAAAGAGUUUCAACUUCGGAGCCUAUCACACACUGGAGACGAUUUACAACUGGAUGGACACCCUAGUUGCUGACCACCCCAGCUUGGUGUCCAAAGUGAACAUUGGAUCUUCUUAUGAAAACCGUCCCAUGUAUGCCCUUAAGUUCAGCACCGGGGGCGACAAGCGUCCAGCCAUCUGGAUUGAUGCUGGGAUCCACUCCAGAGAGUGGGUGUCUCAGGCCACAGCAGUGUGGACUGCCAACAAGAUCGCGACUGACUAUGGCCGUGAUGCCUCCCUCACAUCUCUCCUGAACAACAUGGACAUCUACCUGAUGAUUGUGACCAAUCCCGACGGCUAUGUGUUCACUCACACUGGCAACCGUAUGUGGCGCAAGACUCGCUCCAGGAUCUCUGGCUCUAGCUGCCGGGGGGUUGACCCCAACAGGAACUGGGAUGCCGGCUUUGGUGGUCCCGGAGCCAGUAGGAACCCCUGCUCCGACUCUUACCACGGCCCUUCUGCACACUCCGAGGUGGAGGUCCAGAACGUGGUGGACCUCAUCAAGAGCCACGGCAACUUCAAGGCCUUUAUCUCCAUCCACGCCUACUCUCAGCUCCUCAUGUACCCCUAUGGUUACUCCUGCAAUGACGUCCCUGAUGCCCCCGAGCUGGACUCUGUGGGUAGAUCGGCGGUAAAGGCCCUGGGGUCCCUGUAUGGAACCAGAUACCAAGUGGGCAGCAUCUGCAAGAUCAUCUAUCAAGCAAGUGGGGGCAGUAUUGAUUGGUCCUACAACAAUGGCAUCAAGUACUCCUUCGCUUUUGAGCUGCGUGACACAGGUCGCUAUGGUUUCCUGUUGCCAGCCAAUCAGAUAAUUCCUACCGCCUCAGAGACCUGGCUGGCUCUGAAGAAUAUUAUGGAAUAUGUUCGAGACCACCCUUACUAA